GAAGACGAAACAAACGAUGACUGGAAAAAAAUUGGUACCAUUUUCAGAAUUUCCCAAGAUUUUGCUCCUCUAUCAAUCAGCUAAUCCCAAAAGUGGCAGCAAUUAAUCCAAUCUUGUAUUUCAUAUUGAUUGUACAAGUACAACUAGUAAGAAUUUUGUUUCAUAUUUUGGUCUUUACCAAAUUAUGGACCAAGUACAUUGGCUAGUUUUUGCAUAUUAAUGCAUGACUUCCUAAUGUUGUCAAGUUCGAUCUCUACCCCAGUGUGCUGGAGCUGAUUUGUCUGCCAUCUGCCAUACUUAAUCAUACCAUAUUUUUUAUCUUGUUAAACCAUAUGAUCAACCAGCAAAUCCUCAAGCCCAUCUCCAUGGAUGGUAGCAUGGACGCUCAAAGCUCAAAAGUACAAUCUCAGUCCCAAGAUCCAUUUAGAAGUCUACCCUUGCUGCCUAUGAUGGCAACAGCAACCCCUCCUGAAAGUAUUGAAGUGCAAGUAGACAUGGAAAGUCCAAGAAGAGGAAAUAUUACCAUCCAUGGAAGAAGAAGAUUUUUAGGAGUUAGACAACGGCCUUCGGGAAGAUGGGUAGCUGAAAUCAAGGAUUCAUCUCAGAAGCUGAGGCUGUGGCUGGGGACUUUUGACACAGCUGAAGAAGCAGCCUUGGCUUAUGACAAUGCUGCUAGACUUCUAAGGGGAAGAAAUGCUAAGACGAACUUUACAUACAAUGGAACCAUGGAUACGCGCGAAGAAAAUCUUAGUUUGCUGGGAAAGAAUCCAAGGCUUUACCAGCUUCUUAAACAUGCCAUCACGAAGAACCUGGCGAAAUCCUCAGCUCUCGAUUCUUCAAAAUCUACGCGGAAUUUUACUGAUCAGAGUGUCGUUGAAGGAGAAAGCAGCCCUGUUGAUCAUGUUGUAACAACAGUUGAAGAUAAUAUAAUUGGAAAUGAAGAUCAUGAUCAGUCUCAAGAAAAACGUGAGCUCCGGAGGAUCUCACUUGGCAGCUCAAAGGUGUAUUCUUCUGUUAUUGUGGCUCCUUCUUUCAGCGCUUCUUUAAGUCAAGGAAGAGAAGAACCAGAGAACAAUUCUCGGGGGGCUCUGUUUAAUUCACUGUUUUAUCAGACAAAUGUAAUGUCCCACAACAAACUAGUGUAAGCUACUGUUUGUUAAUUAUCUAAAUCAGGCUUCUUUCACCUGAAAGUUAAACAUGUUUUCUUCCAGUUCAAGGCAGAAACUAUAGGAAUUUGAGGUGUGCUUUUCUUGGCAGUGCAUUUCUUUCCAUGUUCCUCAGCUAGUUUAGCAUCCAUUUCAAUUUCGAGCCA